AUGAUCGGAACCCUAAGAACACCUAUCGGCGGAAUCCCUCUCCGCUUACCUCCUCCCAAUUCCACCGGAUCUACCUCAAAAGUAUUUUUAGGUGGCGGACGCACCUGUAAAGCCUCGAUGCACGCCGUUCUCGACUCGAAGCCGGUGGCUCAACUGAAGCUCAGUAGACCGGAGAGUCUGUACGAGGUAUUACGAGUCGAGAGAAACGCUACGCCUACAGAGAUAAAGACAGCUUACCGGAGUUUGGCGAAACUUUACCAUCCGGAUGCUUCCGAUUUCAAGCAGCAAGGUGAUCGUGAUUUUAUCGAAAUUCACAACGCGUAUGCCACGUUAUCGGAUCCGGAAGCGAGAGCUACGUAUGAUCUGAAAUGGAGCACCGGAGUGCGACGGAAAUCAGGAUUGUACACGGCGGUCGUGAAGAGACAAGGGUUUUACACCUGCCGGCGAUGGGAGACCGACCAGUGCUGGUAG